AUGGCCACCCCAAGUCACUACGACACUAUCUCGAUCGGGUCCGGAGAAGCCGGCAAAUACAUCUGCUGGAACCGCGCCUCCACUGGCAAGAAAACUGCCGUCAUCGAGCACAAAUGGCUCGGCGGCUCAUGUCCCAACAUCGCCUGCUUGCCGUCCAAGAACGUCCUGUACUCUGCCGACAUCCUGCACAACUCGCAGAAGUAUGCUUCGACGGGCUUGCUCAAAGUAAAGGGCGCUAGUGGCGUUGAUAUGAGCGUCGUGCGAGAGCGAAAGAGAGACAUGGUAAACGGGCUCAUCGAGAUGCACGAAGGUGUGUUCAAGAACAGCGGUGCGGAGUUGAUCCUCGGACACGGGCGACUACUCGACGCGAAGACGGUAGAAGUCGAGCUGAAGGAUGGAGGGAAGAAACUCAUGACCGCCGACAACAUCAUCAUCUGCACCGGCUCCCGCGCGAAAAUCGACAACACGCCCGGCCUAAAAGAAGCUAAACCCCUGACGCACAUAGAGAUGCUAGAACUCGACGUAGUACCUACCCAUCUCAUCAUCCUAGGAGGCGGGUACAGCGGCAUCGAGUUCGCGCAAGCCUACCGGCGCUUCGGCGCUGAAGUUACCGUAAUCGAGAGGAACGAGAGGAUCCUAAGGAACGAAGACGAAGACGUAUCAUCUGCGCUCGUCGACAUCCUCAAGGGAGAAGGUAUAGUCUUCCACAGCUCGACCUCCAUCACCAGCGUGCGCGGUACAUCCGGGUCCUCCGUGACCCUGACCGGAGCGCAAAACAGCCAGCCCCUGGAAAUCUCCGGCUCGCAUCUUCUAGUCGCCAGCGGUCGUGUUCCAAACACCGAGGGCAACGGGCUCGAGACGGUGGGCGUCCAACUCACACCCUCAGGCCACGUCAAAGUGAACGAGUACCUGCAGACUAGUGUUCCCGGUAUCUUCGCCGUCGGCGACUGCGCCGGGAGUCCGCACUUCACGCACAUAAGCUUCGACGACUUCCGCAUCGUGCGGGAUUUCCUCAACAAUCCAACAUCCCCACCGCGUUCGACGAAAAACCGCCAAGUGCCAUACACCCUCUACACGUCCCCCGAACUGGCCCACGUCGGGCUGAGCGAGGCCGCGGCGAAGAAAGCCGGGAUCAAGUAUAAGCUGGCCAAGUUGCCCAUGACGGCGUUUCUACGGACGAGGACGAUGGACGCUACGCAGGGCUUUGCGAAGGCGCUUGUGAGCGCGAGUGAUGAUGCGAUUUUGGGGUUUACGGCGUUGGGGCCAAGAGCUGGGGAGAUGCUGCCUGUUGUUCAGUUGGCGAUGGCGAAUGCUCUGCCGUAUACGAGUCUGAGUGGACUGAUUAUUACGCAUCCGACGAUGUGUGAGGGGUUGGUGAGUCUUUUUGGUGCUGUGCCGGAGAGGACUUGA